UUCUCAGUUGUGCCCCAAAUGGAAGACCUGGAAGAAAAACUGAGGGGCACGACCAAAGAAAAGCACAAAAGACUCGCAAGAAGUGCAAAUGCGUGCUUUUUUAGACAUGCCUCCAAAUGGAGGACUUGGAAGAAAAAUGGAGGACAUCACUAGCCCCCCCCCCCCUAGAAGUGUAAGUGGGUGCUUCUUGGUUGUGCCCAGAAAUGGAGGAUCUUGAAGGAAAAUGAAGGACACGAUCAAACUAAAGUAGAAACACUCCUAGAAGUGUCAAUCAAUGCUUCUCAGUCGUGCUCCACAUGGAGGACCUGGCAGAAGAAUGGAGGACAUGACCAAAGUAAAGUGUGAAACACUCCUAGAAGUCUCAAUCGAUGCUUCUUAGUCAUGCCCCAAAUGGAGGACAUUGAAGGAAAAUGAGGAGCAUGACCAAAGAAGAGCUCAGAACACCCCAUGAAAGGCCUUGUUCUGCCUGUGAUCUGCCAGCUUGUGCUCUACCAACUCGGAGAGGAUGCAGGGAGGCACUUGUCCGGCAAUAGCAUGGCUAAUCUUCCUGGCUGUACUCGGUGCCCUGGCUGGGCAGUACAAGAAGCCUGCCUUCCCACCCAUCUUCACCCGCAGGCCCUUCAUUGUGGCCUGCAAUGUGCCAACUCAGGACUGCUAUCCUCGCUUCAAAGUCCAGCUGGACUUCAGCAUCUUUGACGUGCAGGCCUCGCCCAAUGAGGGCUUUGUGGACCAGAACUUGACUAUUUUCUAUAAAGAGCGCUUAGGACUUUACCCCUACUAUGAUGCCCAGAAGGUAGCUGUGAAUGGGGGCGUCCCUCAAAACAGCAGUUUGCAGCAGCAUCUGGGACACUUACAAGAUAACAUUUCUAAGUAUAUCUGCUCUGAGACAAAGGAGGGUCUGGCCGUCAUUGACUGGGAAGAGUGGAGACCCGUCUGGAUCAGGAACUGGCAGACAAAAGACAUCUACCGCAAUGCCUCCCGUCAGCUUGUGCUUUCUCGGAAACUUGGUAUCUCAGAGGAUGAAAUAAAGAAGAAGGCUCAGCACGAAUUUGAGUCUUCAGCUUCUUCCUUUAUGAGGGAGACCCUGAAAUUUGCCAAGAGCAUCCGUCCCCAGCAACUGUGGGGCUACUACCUCUUCCCAGACUGCUACAAUCACGAUUACAGCAAGAACCAGGAGAGCUACACCGGCCAUUGCCCUGAUGUUGAGAAGUCACGCAAUAACCAUCUGGACUGGCUUUGGAGGGAGAGCACGGCCCUCUAUCCUUCCAUCUAUCUGGAGCAGAUGUUGGCUAACACCACAAACGGACGCAAGUUUGUGAGGUCUCGGGUUCUGGAGGCCCUUCGUAUCUCUCAGGAAUAUCAUAAUGGCUAUGAGCUGCCUGUCUUUGUCUACACCAGGCCCACCUAUAAAAGCAGACAAAACCUUUCAUACUUAAGUGAGAUGGAUAUGAUCUCCACCAUUGGAGAGUCUGCUGCAUUGGGGGCAGCUGGUGCUAUUUUAUGGGGCGAUACAGAAGAUACCAAAAGUGGGGAAACCUGCCAGGUGCUUAAAAACUUCAUUGAGGAAGACCUUGGUCGUUAUAUUGUCAAUGUGACAACAGCAGCCGAACUCUGCAGCCAGACUCAGUGCAACAGUCACGGACGCUGCCACCGCCGAAACAAUGAUACUGAUGUCUUCCUGCAUCUCAACCCAGCCAACUUCCGGAUCCUUCGCAAUGAUCCUAUGCAAAAGCCAUUGCUGGUGGCCAGAGGGGAGCUCACUCGGGAAGACAUUGCCUUCCUACAGGCCAACUUCCAGUGCCAUUGCUACCAGGGCUGGCAAGGGGAAGGAUGUGAGGAGCAGCUGAAUCCACCAGGUGGUGGUCCUGACCUUUCCUGGAACCUGGGACUCCAGUUGCUGAUGACUGCCCUUCUCCUGGCCUGUUUACACUAGGGCCACCUCUAAAUGGAAUCUGUGUGGUGUGCAAAUGAGUUCCUGGUGCAUAGAGUGGGAGCAAGAGGGGAUGCAGUAGGCAGUGAAGGGUAGUCAGAAAAGGAAGAAAUAGAAGCCAUUUGGUCUCUUGGGUUUUGGGUUUGUUUGGUUUUUUUGUAUCUUUAUUUAGCAGUGAUGUAGCAGACCUACUAUUUAAGAGACUGUCCUACCUCUCCCAUAUGUGCCACUGUCCUUUGAGAGGCUCAAGGGACCCUUCUGCCCUCCCACUGACAGUAUCUCUGCUCACAGACAGAUAGAUGACUGUAAGAGAAGAUGGUUGUAGGGACUGGCAGUGAUGAUGGGGUGCUGCCAUGAAGCAUGGCCUGGUCUGAAUUUCCCCCUGCUGCCUCUGGUCUUGGGCUGUCCAAAAGUGCCUUUGGGAUAAUAGUGACCUUGAUGCCUUGGAUCAGCUACCCAAAGGGAAAGUGGGAUGUGGCGAGUGAGACAGGUUUAUUUGAAAAAGAGUAGGGACUGGGGAGAUGGGGAAGGGGGUGUGUGUCUGAAUAUUUGCAUCCAUUGUCACAGGCUUUUUUGGAGAGAGAGAGGGGGAAACCCCCUCUGGGUCUUGUCUGCCAGGACUGGUGAAGGGAGUGCUUGGCUCUUCUGUUAUAAGGGGAGAUGGGGGCACCAUUAUAGAACUGGAUCAUAGGUCUAGGAAGAGGAGCAGGGUGGGUGUGAUGGAGCUGCUGUAGUAAGAAGAAAUUGCUGCUGUUAUGUGUCUCUUUAGGUUGGGUGGUAGUGGAGGAGGAGUACCGCUCAGUCAAUGGGGAUUAUCUUGGAGGGUAGCAAGUGCUGAAGUAAAAAUAUCCUUUUGCUUACUGGUGAAUGGGGUAGAGUGAGCAAUACUUUUUUUAAAAAAAGAUUGCCUAAAUAAGGGCAUUCAUAGGAGAAUGGGAAUGCCAUGCUCUGUCCAUGUGUGUUUGGCCAGUGCUUAGUUGGAGCCCUGCAUCUAUUACAGGAAAACCAAAAAGUUUUACCUCAAAAGAAUUAAAGACACAUAGAGAAAAAUAAUCAGUGUUCUGUAUUGUGUACUAAUUUCCCAGAGGAUGGUUCUUCUCCAUUUUGCCUCUGCCAAUAAGGAGACUCCAGCUCUGAGCAAUAUUUGCCUUUGGACCCAAUAAACAGUUGGUGUUUUUUUU